AUGUUACGUCUCAGCUCCUUCCAGAUGCGUUGCAUUGCCACUGAGUUAUGCCUUGGUCGCAGGCGAGGGGUGGCGUCGGCCGAGCCUUCUCCGCGGCCCAGCCGACGCGCGUCAGUCUCCUCGGCGGCCAGCGACGACGGCUGCUACCGGCGCAUGGGAGACGUGGUGUCGCGGCGCACGUUCCCCACCGUCGAGCCCCUGGUCGGCGACGCCGUGUACGCCAAUGUUCCACUUCUGGUGCGGGGAGACGAGCCAGCACCUGCCCAGGGGUCGCCCGUUGGCUCUUCUAGGGAGUCGGUCGGCUCGGCGCCCGUCUACGGCCAUCGAGGAUCCGCGGCCCCACUGAUUCCGUCAAAGAAAGACAUUUCCAGGCCGAAGUUGCGAAGCAGCGAUUCUGAAAUGGGCGUGGCAGUUCCUGCCAACAAGUCUACGAAAGUCUCCAAGCCAAAGCCCUUCGAUUUCCUGCCGUGGUGCUUGUGCUCCAAAGGGAGCACUGGGCGCUCGAGCCUGCCGUACGGAAAGCCGCGUCAACGACCGCGGCUGCCGGCCGUGGCCGAGGAGGCAUCGAGGCGCAACUCGACUGACAUCGGGACACCCGAGGGCGAGCUGGGCUUCCUGCAGCACCUGUGCCUAUGCGCCGUGUGUCGCGCCCAGAUGCAGUCCUGCCAGCUUCUAGCACAGCUCGUGAGUGAAGCCCAAGGCGCUGCCGGUGAGUGCUGGUGCGCUACCAGGGGAGGCACACUGGAACACCUGCGUUAA